GGACGAAACAAAAAAGUCAAAAGAAGUGGUUGAAAAAUGAACAAAAGAAAAUCAAAAUGAAAGUUGGCUGACCAAUAACCCAUUUUUGUCAUCAGUGUAUGCUUGACUUGAACUUCACACUUCCCUCUCAAUUUUGAUCUUCAGACAGUUGCACAUCAGUUCUAAACCCUUUGUUUCGCUUUCAAAAUCCCACUCACUAACUAAAUAUUGCACAUCUCUUCAACUCAUAGCGAAGAUCCUUAGUUCUUGGCUGCAGCAAUAAGCAAUGUGAAAGAUCUUACCUUUUUCUCCCAGCAGUUGCUCAAGUUACCAGACCCACUUCUCGAUAAUUUUUCUUGCCAUGAAUAUGAUGUCGUCUAUUGCUGCAUCUUGGACCGUUUUAGGGUUAUUUAUGAUGCUAGGUAUUGUUUUUGCGAAUUCGUACAUGGUAAAUAAUGGGAAUUUUGGCGCUAGAGAGAGGAAGCAUUCUGUAAGCUACAAGUAUGACAGGAUUGGUGAGAUAAAUAAAGAAUGUGCCCUUGUUUUACAAUCUGCUGCUGAACUGAAACCUGAUGAUAGUAGAUUGUAUACCAUCAAAGAGGAACUUUCCUUCUUGAAUGGAGAUUGGUGGCAGGAGUUGAAUGGUGCAGGUGCUCUAUUAAUGCCAUUUGAUGAUAGAGAACUUUCAGGGAGUUCAAUUGAUGUACGGUCACCGGUAAACUUGGUUUCCUUUUGGGUUACUGAUGUUGAUCGACGUCACCAGUCCAAGAACUCCAUAUUUGUUAGUGGGAUCUUACAGAUGGGCAUAACUCUAGAAGGUUUACUCUCGGAGAAACCGUUUGAAGGAAGUGCACGGUUUGAUAUAUGGCCGGGUCAUUCGCAGCUUUCAAUUAAUUUUCAGGGGAUUUACACUGAAUCUAAGAAAAAUCAUGGGGAGAGAGUAAUGUGUUUGUUAGGGAGUACGGUGUUGCCUUCUCGUCAGCCUGAUUCAGGUGAUCCCUGGGGGUGGGUCAAGGAAUUUGGUUAUACUAAUCAGCCACUUCUCACGCAAGAUGAUCAGAUUAUACUUGUGCUCCGUUAUCCUAGGAUGUUGACCUUGACAAGCAGGGCAAUCCGUGGAAGUAUGAGAAGUUUGAACCCAAAGUCGAAUUUGAAGUACUUUGAUGAAGUGCACAUGUCUUCUUGGUUGAGCACUUCUACAAACUAUCAAUUUACCUCAGAAAAUCUUGUUUCAAGAGCUUGUGAUCCGUACCCGUACAAAGAUAGUUUGCUUAAUGGUGAAGUUGAUAUAUAUAAAGGGCUUGACUUUUGUAUCAUACUUGAGAGAUUUACUCGCCAAGAGGCAUUAACCAUUCUGCCAAACUGGAAGUGCAAUGGCACAGAUGAAUUUUGCAGUAAGUUGGGCCCUUUUGUAUCAGAUAAGGAGAUUAAUGCUACAGAUGGGAGCUUCAGAAAUGUCAAGCUUGUUCUUCAGGAUGUUCGCUGUGAGAAUAUGACUUCAAAGGAAAAUGCUGGCGUUGUGAGGGUCUCUUCAGUGCUUAGAGCUGUUCCUCCUUCUGAGAAUCAAUUCACGGCAGCACAGAGGACUGGACUUGGCAAUAUGACUCUUUCUGCUGAAGGAAUCUGGAAGUCUUCCAGUGGACAGCUUUGCAUGGUUGGUUGCUCGGGAUUUGUUGAUGGGGAUGGUAAUGGUUGUGAUACUCGUAUCUGCUUGUCUGUCCCUCUUUCAUUUUCCAUAAAACAACGGAGCAUACUUUUUGGUACUUUGUCGAGCAUAGAACGCACUACCAGGUCGUAUUUCCCUUUAGCAUUUGAAAAGCUGGUUCGCACUGCUGAGUUGUGGGAUCAAUACACCACUUCUCAUCCAUAUUACAAGUACUCUAAAAUUGAGGCUGCCAGUGCAGUCCUGGAGAAAGACGAGCCCUUCAACAUCGGGACUGUAAUUAAGAAAUCGCUCUUGAAAUAUCCGAAGUUAGAGGACAUGGAGAAAUUUCCUUAUAGUCUCUCCCUUCUCUCUGAAGACCUCACCCUUCACAUACCAGCAGUACCUGAUCCGAUUCCUAGUUCUUUCCCCACAAAAACUGACCUGGAAUUGGAAAUCCUGUCACUUGGCCCUUUGUUUGGACGUUACUGGUCUACACAAAAUGUUUCAACCUUUAAGAAAGAAAAUCCAUUCCAGGAUGUUGGUGAAUACACAGAAAAACAACUCCUCCUUAAUGUGUCUGCUCAGCUUAAUCUUGUGGGAAACCAGUAUAACAAUUUCUCUUCAUUAUCUGUUGAAGGGAUUUAUGAUCCACACGUCGGAAAGAUGUAUCUCAUUGGUUGCCGGGACGUUCGAGCCUCAUGGAAAAUCUUGUAUGAAAGUAUGGACCUUGAAGCUGGGCUGGAUUGUUUAGUUGAACUGGUGGUUUCUUAUCCCCCAACUACAGCCCGAUGGUUAGUCAAUCCAACAGCUAGGAUUUCCAUAAUUAGCCAACGGAAUGAAGACGAUCCACUCUAUUUUGUUCCAAUCAAGCUCCAAACAGUCCCCAUUAUGUAUAGGAAGCAACGUGAGGAUAUUCUUUCUCGCAGAGGUGUGGAAGGGAUCCUCCGGAUUUUGACACUUUCCACUGCAAUUGCUUGCAUUUUGAGCCAGCUAUUUUACAUUAGAGAUAACAUGGAGUCUGCCCCAUAUGUAUCUCUUGUGAUGCUGGGAGUACAAGCUCUUGGAUACACACUUCCGUUGAUUACAGGUGCAGAAGCUCUUUUCAGGAAAGCAGCGACUGAAUUUAACGAAAACGAGUCCUAUGACCUACAGAACCGUCAAUGGACCCAUGUAAUUGACUAUACUGUGAAGUUUCUAGUACUGGUUGCAUUCUCACUUACUCUGAGGCUUUGCCAGAAGGUGUGGAAAUCCCGCAUCAGAAUGCUAACACGGACCCCUCUUGAGCCUCAUCGUGUCCCAAGCGACAAGAAAGUACUUUUUUCUACCUUGUUUAUACAUAUUGUUGGAUAUAUCCUUGUUCUUAUUGUCCACUAUGUGAAUACAAGUUAUAAGCCUCUUCAAACAGCACAUUUUAUUGAUUCUACUGGAUACGCUCAUGCAAUCCGUGAAUGGGAAACGGAACUGGAGGAGUAUCUUGGCCUGGUUCAGGAUUUUUUUCUCCUUCCUCAAGUAAUUGCUAACUUAAUGUGGAGGAUCCAUGUUAAACCUCUCGGCAAAUUGUAUUAUUUUGGUAUAACUUCCAUUCGGCUUCUUCCCCACAUAUAUGAUUACGUCAGGCCACCAAUCCCAAAUCCUUACUUCUCUGAAGAAUAUGAAUUUGUGAACCCUCGCAUGGACUUUUAUUCCAAGUUUGGAGACAUUGCUAUACCUACAGUUGCCAUUCUUCUAGCACUUGCUGUUUAUAUUCAGCAGAGAUGGAAUUAUGAGAAGCUUAGUCAAACACUAAUUUUGGGCCAAAGAAAACUCCUACCUCUCGGUUCCAAAGUAUAUGAGAGAUUGCCAUCUGUGUCGUUUGAAGCCGAGCUUGCUUCUGGUGUCAACAGAAAUCCUACUAGUGGGAAAGAACAUGAUCCAGAAUGAUUGAGAGUAAUCUCUUACUUCUCUUGGGCGGUGAAUUUUUAAUGUCAAUGCAGAUCAAUAUAGCUCAGAGCGAAUGAGUUUGUGUCUUCAUUUUCUGUGAUAAAGAUGAAAUCAAGAUUUGUACUUACGGAUUGUCUAUUAACUCUUUUUUGUUUUUCUAAAUUAAAUAUCCGUUAACUGAGUCUUACCAUUUGA